AUGAUAUCCAUAGUCACUUGCUUCGAGGUCAAUCUGACAAAUCUCUAAGACAAUUAUUAUAGCAUGCCCAUCCAAGCAAAUGAUAUAACUUACAAUCUAUUGGUGGAUACUGGAAAUGAAGAAAUGUGGAUAUUCGGCAAGAAUUCCAAUAGAAAGACAUACUAUCAAUGUGAGAAGUGCGUUCCAACACCUAAUAAAACAUAUGAUAAAACAGAAGGCAGAAUUUUUGGAGUUGAGUACAAUCAAACAUUUGUACUAAUGAAUCAAUCUCUGACUUUGUAAGUAAUUGAGGCAUCAAAGGUGGAACAUUUCUAUUCAAUUAUUGCCGAUGGUGCAAUUGGACUUAGCAGAUCAUAACUGUCCAAAGAAGGUAAUUUAUUGAGGAAAUUGUAUGAUUCCAAGGUGAUUGAUUAGAUGCAAUUUGGACUUUUAUUAAAUGAAUAGAAUUGUUAACCGACAUCUAUCUUAAUUCUUGGAACACCCAUCAAACAUCACUACAUCAAUGAAUUACAAUAUGUAAAAACUCUAAACUCAUAGUAAUGGAUGGUAAAAGGUUCUUCAGUUGAAAUUGUUGGCAAAAACAAUAAGAAAGAAUUGGAGUCAAGUUCCCAAAUUAUUGUAUUUGAUAGUGGAGAACCCAAAAUCUUAAUAUCAAGGGAUAAAUUCAAUAAGCUUAUUACUAUUUUUAAUGAGAAUUACAAUCUGGAUUGUUAAAAGGAAACAUCGAAUCAAAUCAAUGAAAUUGUGUGCUCCUACAAUGAAUAAUCAUUUCCUGAAUUGAAUAUUAAUAUUGAUACUAAUCUUAGUUUAACACUCUUACCUCAAGAUUACAUUGCGAGUUGCGAGUACAAUUACUAUUUGUAGCAUAAAUGCUUAUUAAAUUUUCAAUAGAUAGAUAACACUGAUGUGCUUGUAUUGGGUAUUGUAUUUCUAUAAAAGUAUUAUAUCCAUUAUGAUAUUAAUACAUUUUAAAUUGGCAUUGCUAAAUCCAUUUAUUAUUGUAAGAUAUAAAAUAAUUUUAGAAAGGGAUAAAUUGAAUUAAUUCAGAAGCACUUCUCAAAAUAAUAGUAUGCUAUACUUCUCGCUCUUCUUAGUAUUAAUUCUACUAAUAGCAAUUUACAUCGUAUUAAGAAUGCUUCUAAAAAAAUCUAUGCCUCUGUACUUAUCUGUAUUGGAGAAAUCCUCCUCGAGAUCAUAGGAACAAGAAAUGGAGGCAAUCACAUUCAAAACGCAAUCAAAUAGCCAACCACCAUUAUCAUCGUGAAGUUAUUGAAUUGUGUAUUAUUCGUUAUAAAUAGAAUAUAUUAUAGUUAAGUCUUAAAAUCGAAGCUUCAAGAAACAGACACAAAUGAAGCGCCUUACUUAAUUACUCAGAUUGAUAUUUUACCUAUUAUUGAGUGCAAUUACAUAAUAAUAUAAAUGUUAGUUCUCAACUCUAUUAUUAGAUCAUAAUUUAACUUAAGAUAGCAAAUUCUAUAAUUUUAACAUUUAAAUUUAUAUAUAUACAAUACAAGAUUUAAUUUUUUACAUAUAUUAAUAAUUAUGAUCAAAUAUAGCCAAUGUGGAGAGUACAACAUAAUUGAGAAAUUAGGCGAUGGCUAUCAUUCAAAGUAUUUUCUUAAUUUAAGAUUGUUAGAGUCAAAUUAGGUGAGAAAGAUGGAAAGAAGGUGGCGAUCAAAAUUUUCAAGAAGAAGCACGAUACACCUUCAAUCAUCAUGACACUUGCUAAUGAAAUUAAAAUUCUCAAAUUAUUGCAACACCCUAAUGUGAUCAACCUCAUUGAAUACGGAGAUGCUUAUCUUUAUAGGGUAUUACAUCACAAAUAUAUAAAUAGAGAAAAAAUGGAUAAGUUUAGAAACGUAUUUGCUUGAUCUUGGAAUUAGCCUCAGGUGGAGAACUCUUCCAUUAUGUCGCAACUUCAGGACCGUUUGCUCCAGAAGCAUCAAGAUAUUAUUUUAAAUAGAUACUGUCCGCUAUGAUAUUUAUGCAAAACAAAGGAAUUUGUCAUAGAGAUUUGAAAUUGUAAAAUGUAUUAUUGGAUGAGAAUUUUAAUAUUAAAAUUGCUGAUUUUGGAUUUGCCAAAAUAAUGGAUGCAGCAAAUCUAUCUUAGAAUCUUGGGACUCCUGGUAUUAUUCCUUUUCAUAACAUUUAGGAUAUAAAGCUCCUGAAAUAGAGGCAAAUCUUCUUUAUAAUGGAACUAAAGCAGAUAUAUUUUCUGUUGGAGUGAUUCUGUUUAUACUUAAUUUCAGAUUUCCACCCUUCAAAAAAGCUACUGAAUAAGAUUCACAUUAUAAAUUGUUAAUAACCAAUAAUAAUGUUAAAUUUUGGUAGAACUUUAAACAAAGUAACAAAAAUAUUGAGUUCAACAAUGAUUUAAUGUACUAUCAAAUAAAAAACAUUUUUUAGAAACUUGCUGGAUGGAAUGUUAGCUCCUGAUCCAAAUAAGAGAAUUACUUUGGAUUAAUGCAUGGAGCAUCCGUGGACCAAUGGGCCAGUCGCUACUCCAUAACAGAUUUAAUAUGAAUUCAAAUAAAAAUUGGAAAAAAUACAAGCUUUUGCCUAGGCUACCAAGCUGUAACUAUAAGCCUAAAUGGCUAGAGCAAAAUGUAUUUUCAUCCUUCAUCUUAGAAAAUCAAGGGGAAUACAGGAGCAUACUUGGAGAACCAGACCAGGAAAAUUUCACUUCUACAAUUGAACAAUAUAAUUUGGAUUUGGACAAAAAAACCUUAAAAAAAGGGAUUGUUAAUGGAAUACCAAAUGAAAUCUUACUUUAUCAAGAUCCAAAUUUUUUAUUCUGCUUCUUGUUAAAGUAUUGUGAUGAAUUCAAUUCAAAAGUGGUUAAGAUCUAUGAGACUAAAUAUAAGGUAUACUAAUUAUAAUUACUCUAAGAUCAACUUCAAAGCUGAAGACACCUUAAAUGAAACCAUCUUAUAUUAAAUAGAGAUUCUUGAUUGCGGAGAUGAGAUGAUUAAAUUGAUAAUUACCAAAUAAGAAGGAAAUUAUCUAGAUUUUAAAGUGCUCAUCUCUAGAAUAAUAAAAGUUCUAUAAAAUAUUGAAGAACAGAACUAAAUUUAAUAAUAAUGA